CCUGGAGAGAGGUUGUAGAUUUCAAGAAACAUCCUGGUUCUUAAACAUCCUCCUUCUCCUACCUCCAAAAACUGUGGGUCCUGCCUAGCUAGGCCGGCCUGCAGUUGACUGUGUUGGGCAUCUCCAUGUUUCUGGAGGAGAGUCUGUCACAGCAGAGGUGAGCUGGCUGCCCACAUCAGAUAUGGGGGCAGAGACAGAAAGCUGAGAACUCACGUCUACACAUACAGACACAAGAGCAAAGCAGGUUUCCCCAGUAUGUUUUACUGCAUUCUGUACGGCAGAACACAGAGAACAGUGUUCUACAGUCAGGUGAGUGAAUGUGGACAAAAUGUCACUUAAAAGGAUCCCUAGGCCUCUGGGUCGGUUGGUUUUUGCCAACUGACACAAAAAGAACAUAUCCUAGAAGGGAGAACUUUGAGAAAAUGCCUCCUUCAUAUUCUUAAGGAAAUAAAAAAAGGCAGAUCGUGGAGAAAACCAGACCAUACUCUUAAGGAAAUAAAAAAAAAAAAAAAGAUCAUGGAGAAAAUACCUCCAUAUGAAAGGCCUGUAUAUGAAUGUAGAAGGGUCCAGCUCAGUGUGGAUGGCCAGUCCUGGGCAAGUGCUCCUGGAUGGUAUAUGAAAACAGCUUAGCAAGCCAUGGGAAGCAAGCCAGUAUUUGGUACUUCUCUAUGGCCUUUGGUUCAAUUCUACAUUGAUUUGCUGCCCUGACUUUACUCAGUAAUGGACUAUAACCAUUAACCUAUAAGAUGGGAUAAACCCUUUCCUGAUGGUUUGUAUAUGCCUGGCCCAGGGCGUGGCACUUGUUGGAGUAGGUGUGGUCUUGUUAGAGUGGUGUGACCUUGUUGGGGUAGGUGUGUCACUGUGGGUAUGGGCUUUAAGACCCUCAUCCUAGCUGCCUAGAAGGUGGUAUUUUGCUAGCAGCCUUCAGAUGAAGAUGUAGAACUCUCAGCUCUGCCUGCACUGUGCCUGCCUGGAUGCUGCCAUGAUCCUGCCUUGAUGAUAAUGGACUGAACCUCUGAACCUGUGAGCCAGCCCCAGUGAAAUGUUGUCCUUAUAAGACUUGCCUUGGUCAUGGUAUCUGUUCACAGUGGUAAAACCCUAACUAAGACUACUUCCCCAGCCUGUUUUGAACAUGGUGCUUUAUCAGACCAGUAGAAACCAUAAGAUACUGGACAAAAUGGCCAGCAGGCAAGGACGGAUUCUCUGUGGACAUAGUAAGUCAUGCAUCCAGGUCUAGAACACUGGGCCUGGCCUCGACUCACCAACAACUGCUAAAUGAUGUCAGUGGCAGACACGAAAACCUAGAUACCCUCAUACAGAAGGUUAGUUGAACAAAUCAAACCUUCUCAGGAAUAUGUGCAGCCAUGAAGGAGGGAGACCUGUACAUAAGGACCUGGAAGAUCUUCAGGCUGAAUUGUCAGAGUAAAACUAGUGUAACCAUAGCACAUACUGCACAGCCUUGUCUGCAGAAGCAAGAGAAACCCUCAGAACAACAAGCAAGGAGCAGGCCAGUGGCUCCCUGUGGAGGAUUUCGUUGACACAGCUGAGGAAGAGGAGAUUUAUACUGGCAUCUCGCACAGGGACUCACAGUGCACUCAAAUCAUAGCACAUCGUUACAUUGAUUCUGCCAGUAGAGAGACCAGGACAUGGCUACAUGACUCACCCCUCGCCUGACUGCUCACGCUGCCUAUAAGUACGUCAAAGCUCCACUGUCCCUUGUUGGCAUUGAGAGCCGGGGAAGAAUCUACAGUGAGGAAACUCAAUGACUCCAUCUCACUUCUGCAAUUAAAUGCUCUUAGAAGAGAUGCUAUUCCGCCUCCCACUCUACCAAACCCCAACCCCACCCUGUCAGACAGCCACUUCUGUGACCUUGAGGAUCUCCAAAUGUCACAAUGAACAGUGACUUAGUUACUUGCCCUCCACUGAAGCACUGUCAUACUCCAGUUGAGCCUGCGGUCUACCAGGUGAAGGAUACUCAGCCUGGGACUUCAGAGAUUACCCACAAAGAGCUAGUGCUCAUGAGAAAGCUACCUCCUUUGAACCAUGAUGGAAUAUGAUUUGUGAACAAUGAAAAGAUGUGUAAGGUCAAACUGGGUUCCAACCUACGCUGCUGGGAUGAACUCUCCCUGCCACAGCGGGCCUGGCAAUCCUUAAGGACACCACCCAUCCAACCAAGACGUCCCUAAGCAGGAACGUGGAGGUUCAGAUCUUGGCACAAUGUCCUCCACCAGACACCACACUUGGACCCGAGGCAGCAUAGGAUCCCUGUAUCUGCACCGUUGUUCGCUACCAGAAUUAUAUGCAUCACUUGAGAUUUUUAAUAAGGAGAGCAAGAAAUCUAAUCUCCAAAAGAUCUGUGGCAUGUCGUUUAAGGAAGCUCAGGAAGUCCUUUGGAAAAUCCUGGGUGGCCUGAUCUCUGACAGCUAUGACACCGUAAAAGGGGAUGAGCGCCACCCUUCCAUACCGGUUAACAAAGAGGAGCGGAAGACACCAUCUAUGUCAGAUCUACUUCACCAAAGUCUGUUAAAGGGUUACAAUGUUCCGUUGGAGCAGGUACACAGCUCCCAGCAGAGGCUGGCCCAGGUGGGCAUCCCUCCUCCUCCACUCUCCUUUCCUCACGGUUUAAGCAACGAACUGCCCGUGAUCCUUCCAGCACAGCACUUCAGGAAAAGGAUUCAAAGCGUCACAUUCCGCAAACUUCUCCUGUCUUCUGUUGCCCCAGGCAGGCUGUUCUAUGAAGAAAAGCCAACAAGCCAACAAGUCUCCUUUGACCCAGGAAAGCAGUUCCUAGACCUGGCAGACCUUCAGUGGAGUUCGCAAGACUCUGAUGGUCUACCCUCAAGCUGAGUAUGAUAAAGAAGGACAGCUUUAUCUCACCUGGAAAAUAGUGUACUGAAAUAGUCUGGAUAUGAACCGUUCUGCUUGGGAUUGCCGAACCAACACAAGAGGUGGAAAAGCACACAGCCCACUUCUCUACUCAAUGUCCGUGCAAAGCCUACAUUAAAAUGAUUUCGUGGAGGAA